AUCAACAGAUUUUUUAUAUGAACGCCCGCUUGGCUGCUUCACUAAACGACGUCGUCCCCAAUCCUCAAUGGAGGGUUAGUUCCGUCACCAAAAACGGAAGUCCACCUUCGUUCCUUCUUCCCCUCCACGCACGCUGGCCGCCUCUUGUAUUGCUCCCAGCUUCCCUCUACCGUUUUGCCCUUCUAAGCCCACCUUCGUUCCUUUCAUCGAUUUCGAUUUCCUGUUUUGCCCUUCUGAGCCGUCACAGACAUGGUAGUGUCUAGGGUUUUGUCUCGGGUUCCUCGGACCCUCUUGGUGCAGUGCCGGAGCGCCGUUUUCAUCUGUCCUCGACCGCACCAGCACUCCUCUAUACUCUCCAAUCAUUUUCACUCCCUCCGUCAAUCUUCAGACACGUUGGUUGGAAGCCAGCUGUCUCUAUUGCAUCAUUUGGCACUCAAGAACUUUGCAUUUCAAAGAUGUGGAAUCUCUUCAUCUGCAUCCCCUCAACCAUCUGAAAAGGAAACUGUCCAGUCUGGAAAUGAACAAGGUAGUAAUGCAGAGAGAAAUGGCAAGCAUUCAAAAACAAGUGAAGACGCAAAAAUUCCUGAUCCAACGAAAGAUUCAGGUUCUGAUGAUGUGGAGGCUUCUGAUCAAGCAAAAGAAUCAGGUUCUAAUUUAAAAUCCCAGUCUACAAAAAGGAGGCGGCCAAGUACUAAACGAACUGCAUUUUCUGAUUCAGAUUCGGAAGAUGAACUUUCUAUGGACGACCUGGUGAAACUAGUGGCAGAGAAGGAAGAGCUUCUGAAAAUGAAGCAUAAGGAGAUUGAGAAAAUGCAAGAUAAAGUUCUUCGUAGUUAUGCAGAGAUGGAAAAUGUUAUGGAUCGAACAAGACGUGAAGCAGAGAACUCAAAGAAAUUUGCUGUGCAGAGUUUUGCGAAGAGUUUAUUGGAUGUUGCAGACAAUCUUCAAAGAGCAUCUUCAGUUGUAAAAGAGAGUUUUUCAAAGAUUGAUGCAUCUAAUGACACUGCUGGAGCAGUACCACUGUUAAGGACACUCCUGGAAGGUGUUGAAAUGACUGAUAAACAGCUUGCAGAGGUGUUUCGGAAGUUUGGAGUGGAGAAAUUUGAUCCUACAAAUGAGCAGUUUGAUCCACACAGGCAUAAUGCGGUCUUUCAAAUUCCUGAUGGCUCUAAGCCUCCUGGCGUUGUGGCCUCUGUUCUGAAGUCGGGUUACAUGCUGUAUGACCGAGUUAUCCGGCCAGCUGAAGUUGGUGUAACCCGAGAAGUUGAUUCGGAAGAGGCCAACUAGGGCUCUGAAGCUUUGGAGGACUAGGGUUUGGAAGAACUGCAGAUGCAUUCCAUCAAAAAUUUUUGCCAACUGCUUGAGAUGAGAGUUGUAAGAGUAGAUGAGUUGUAGGACCUGUGUUUCUUGUCUUGCAUAAAGCAUAUAACAUUUUUUUUUCUCCCUCACUUAUAUUGAGUUUUUUUUAUUAAUCAUUUUAUCUUCUAAAUGAAGAUGCAACAAAGCAAGGAGGGUUCUGGUACAUCUUAAAUCUUUCAAAACUUAAAAACACAGUUUUGAGUUUUAUUUGGGCACUGUAAACAAGAACCUCAGAGGCCUUGGAGGACUUAAAAAGUACUGGCUGCCUGUAUUUU